AUGGCUGCAUCAGAUUCCAAGAGCGACACAGCAAAAGUCGCAACCAUGCCCGAAAAUGCGACCGACGUCGCCCGCGUCAGCUCGAACCAGGAGACUCAGGUCAUCGAUGUCGACACGGCGUAUCUCACCAGCAGCCGUACCACCAAGUUCUUCCGAAGCGUCUUGUUCCAGAUGAUCAUGUUCGGAGCGCUUUCCUUCGUUGGCCCAGCUAUGCAGGAUGCCAUCUCAAACCUCGGUGGCGGUGGCCUGUCAUCUCCUUACCUCGGCAACUUGGCCAACGCUCUUAACUAUGCUGCUGGCUGCCUGAUCACUCUCUUGGGCGGACCCUUGAUUAACAAGAUCGGCAUCAAAUGGAGCUGUAUGAUCGCUGCUGUGACGUUCCCUCUGGCCGGGUCCGGAUACUACACAGCCGCGAGAUAUGGGACGCAGUGGUACCUACUGUUCGAAACGAUCCUGGGUGGCUUCACCGGCGGCUUUCUGUAUGUGGGAGAGACUACCGCAAUGCUGUCGUACCCACCUCAGAACGACCGCGGCUUCUACCUCGGCGUCUGGUCCGCCAUGAGGAGCUCAGGCUCUGUCAUCGGUGGCGCCAUCAACUUCUCUACGAACUAUAGCCAGGACUCGGCUGGUGGAAUCGCCUGGUCAACAUACCUGGUCUUUGUCGGGCUCGAAUGCACCGGUGUCAUUUGGGCAUUCUUGUUAUCACCUACUAAGCAGGUCCGGAGGAAGGAUGGAACCAAAGUGCCCACUACUGGGACCGUCACCUGGAAGGGCGAGUUCGCGGCCCUCUGGCAGCACGCGCAGCGGAAGAAGACCUGGCUGGUCUUCCUGCCCGCAUUUUACAGCUUCUUCUAUGGAGGCACGAUGGGGACCUACCUGUCCUUGCAUUUCUCCGUGCGGGCCCGCGCCCUCUCCACACUGAUCGUACCCAUCAUCACGAUCGUCAUGGUCCUCCUGUAUGGAAAGAUGCUGGACAUGAAGCGCUGGUCCCAGGCUGGACGCGCAUGGACGGCGUUUGCGUUGUGGCUGGUGCCGCAGAUCGGCUGCUUCAUCUGGAUCGGGAUUGAAUACGCGAAAUUCGGAAAAACCUCCGGUACUGGACUUGAUUACGGCCUACACGGCAAACGAUGGGCCGAGGCAUACCUCCCUUAUUUGAUCAUCUUCACGACCGGGUACUGGACGCAGUUGUCCCUGUAUUGGAUCUUGGGCACAUUCUCAACAGAUGUCAAGUCAAGUGCCAGGACGGGUGGCCUCUUCCGUGCCUUUGAGACUGCAGGUCAGGCCGUUUCAUACGCCAUCAACUCGAACUACGGCAGUGACCCGCGCACGCCUUUCUACGUCAACUGCGCGGUGUUGGCCUUGACCAUCCCGUGCAUGGUCUUCCUCAUCAGGAUGGUUCCCGAGGCUCCAGCUGAGAUCGACAUUGACGCUAUUGAUAUACCCCGGGACGAUAAGGACAGCAAGGCGGUCGAGACGUGA